AUGUUCCCCACAACCAUCCUUACCACUCUCUUUCUCGCCUUGGCUGUCGCCGCCAAUCCGAUUCUCAUUAAUCGGUCCCCUAUAUCGUUGCCUCUUUCCAGACGGCUCAAUCUCACCAGCAUCGACAACCUCCUGAAACACGACCAGGCUCGUGCUAAGUCCCUCAAGACUGCCGGGACUGGCGGUGUUUUCCAGUCGGCUGCUGUAGUCAACGAGCCCAUUACAAAUCAAGCUGUUACCUAUGUCGCCUCAAUCGGCGUUGGUAGCCCCGCCACCUCUUACUCGCUCAUCGUCGACACUGGAAGUUCAAACACUUGGGUUGGAGCAGGAAAAGCGUAUGUCAAGACCAGCACCAGCGUUAAAACCUCCAACUCUGUUUCCGUGACAUAUGGUUCUGGAUCGUUUUCAGGCACUGAAUACCUGGACCAGGUUACCAUUGCUUCUGGUUUGGUUAUCCCCAACCAAUCUAUUGGUGUCGCCAGCACCUCCAGCGGCUUUUCCGGCGUUGACGGAAUCUUGGGCAUUGGCCCGGUCGAUCUCACAGUUGGAACCCUUUCCCCGGCAACCACUUCCUCCAUCCCCACUGUUACCGAUAACUUGUUCGCUAACGGCGUCAUCACUGCUGAUGAAAUCGGUGUUUCUUUUGAGCCCACCACUGUACAAUCCAUCGUCAACGGCGAGAUUACCUGGGGUGGAACCGACAGCUCCAAAUUUACCGGCUCUAUUAACUAUACCCCCCUUACUACAACCUCUCCCGCUCGUUACUACUGGGGUAUCAACCAAUCUAUCCGCUAUGGUACUUCCACAACGAUUUUGUCGUCCACCGCGGGUAUCGUCGAUACCGGAACCACCCUCAUUUUGAUCGCCACCAAUGCCCUCACCAAGUACAAAUCAGCAACCGGCGCCGUUGUCGACAACGCCACGGGCCUUCUUCGCAUUACUUCCACCCAAUAUUCAAACCUGAAGAGUUUGUUCUUUACCACAAACGGCGUCACUUACGAGCUCACUGCCAACGCUCAGCUCUGGCCCCGUUCUCUCAACACCUACAUCGGUGGUACCACUAGUCGAAUCUACCUUGUUGUGAACGAUCUUGGUUCCCCCAGUGGUCAAGGCCUCGACUUCAUUAACGGCUACGCAUUCCUUGAAAGGUUCUACUCCGUUUUCGACACCGCCAAUAAUCGCGUCGGGUUUGCUACCACCCCUUACACGACUGCCACCACCAACUAA